AUGGGAAAUUUGUUGUUAUUAGCUGAGGUGGCUAGUAAAGUGCCGAAAGCCGAAGUAGCCGCUAAAAAUACAGAUGAAUUUGACGGUCAAAAUUUGACAGUCAAGAUGAACUUAACAGUCAAAGAAGAGAGCGUUAAACAAAAAAGUACGGAAAGACUCGCAGGGAAGAAAUCGAAAAAGAAGAAACUGCAGUGUGGAGUAUGUGGACAGAUCAUGACAAAUAUGAAAAGGCAUAUGAUGACUCAUACCGAUGAGAAGCCUCACAGUUGUCCGAUAUGCAAGAAAAAUUUCCCUCGAUCAGAUAAGAUGAAAGAACAUAUGAGAACUCAUACCGGUGUGAAGCCAUAUGUUUGUCCGGUAUGCAGGAAAAGUUUCUCGCAAUUACACCAUAGGAAAUAUCAUAUAGAGAGAACUCAUGCUGGUGUGAAGCCCUACAGUUUGUUCGAUGUGCAAUAA